AUGGAGUUCUUGGACGAGGACGCAAGGCCAAGGUUCCUCUUCCAAUCGAAAGCAGUGGGUUCUUCAGCCACAGAACCAGAACCCCAUUACAAGAAUCUCAACAAACCAUUCAUUGCCUUUACAAUUUUACUCUCAAUUCUAUUACUGGGUCUCUCCUUCUUCUUCCUCCAAUCCGAACCCUACCAAUCUCUCCUCAUCUGGGUUGCUCUCUCCAUCCUCGUCGGCCCCUUCGCUCCCGCUUCAGUCACCGGCGGUGACAUCCGCGUCGGUCACGGCCAAAUCCUCGACCUCCCUGAAAUCAUAACCCAAGUAGAGGAGGAAUCGAAGAAGAGGGUAUCUCAAAAGAGAUCAAAGCCGCGUCGAUUUGAUGAAUUGGGCACAGAUUCGACACCGGUGGCCGAAACUGUUAAUGGGCCUGUGAGAGAAGAGAAAAAGCGUGAGGUUUCCGAAGGUAAUGGUAAUGGGUCUAUGGUGUUUGAUGAAGAGACGGAGUGGGUUGAAGAGGAUGUUGAGUUUUUGAAGAAACUGCUCUUGAAGCACCCGGUAGGGAAGCUGAGACGGUGGGAGGUUAUUUCCGAGUCGUUUCGCGGAAAGCAUAAGGUGGAGAGUGUAAUCAAGAAGGCCAAAGAAUUGGGAGAGAAGAAAGUGACUGAUUCAGAUUCUUAUGCAGAGUUUUUGAAGAAGCGUAAGCCCAAUGACAAGAAAAUCGAGAGUGAGAGUCAAGACUUGGGUGAUGAGUUGGUGGUGGAAAAUGGUGAAGUGAAGAAAGAGAGCAAUGGUGGUGGGGUGAGUUGGGCUUCAACUGAAGACAUUGCAUUGCUCAAUGCCCUGAAGGCGUUUCCCAAGGAUGUGUCGAUGAGGUGGGAGAAGGUUGCUGCUGCUGUGCCCGGGAAGUCGAAGGCGGCUUGUAUAAAGAGAGUUGCCGAGUUGAAGAAGGGUUUUCGGAGCUCCAAGGCUUCAACAGAAGAGUAG